CGUCAUCUACACAGCGACCCUCCAACUUUCCCCUUUCCCGCCCAUAAAUAUAUGCACAGCUCCCUCACCUCUCGCUCACUCGAUCCCAGCUAGCCUCCGACUCAUCUCUCUCCCUCGCUCUAGUCCCCAAUACCUCUCCAACAUACUCGUAUUGGUUCGUGGGCAACAAUGGCGAGGAGCCGCCCGGCCGUCCUCUUGUCCCUCGCCGUUGUGGCGUUGGCGGCCACGGCGCUGGCUCCGGCGCCGGCGGCGGCGACCAAGUACAACAUCACCAAGCUGCUGGCGCCGUACAAGCAGUACUCGAGGUUCAACGAGAUGCUGUCCAGGACGCGGCUGGCGUACGACAUCAACCGGCGGCAGACCAUCACGGUGCUCGCCGUCGACAACGCGGCCAUGUCGGCGCUGGACCACUACUCGCUGCAGACCAUCCGGCACAUCCUCUCGCUGCACGUCCUCGUCGACUACUACGGCGACAAGAAGCUCAAGAAGCUCGCCCACGGCUCCACCGCCUCUUCCUCCAUGUAUCAGGCCACCGGCGCCGCGUCAGGCAUGUCCGGGUACGUGAACAUCACCCGCAAGGACGGCAAGGUCAGCUUCACGACGGACGACGCCGACGCCACCGCGAAGCCCACCCGGUACAUCAGGUCCAUCAAGGAGUACCCCUACGACAUCGCGGUGCUCGAGGUGAGCUCCAUCAUCUCCUCCGCCGACGCCGAGGCGCCCGUGCCGCCGCCGGCGCCCGUCGACCUCGUCGAGCUCCUCUCCAAGAAGUACUGCAAGUCCUUCGCGUCCCUCCUCUCGGCCAACGCCGACGUGCUCCGCACCUUGAACGAGACCAAGGACAACGGGCUGACGCUCUUCUGCCCCGUCGACUCCGCCGUCGCGGCGUUCGCGGCCACCUACAAGAACCUCACGGCCAAGGCCAAGACGGCCAUCCUGCUCUACCACGGCGUGCCGGACUACUUCUCGCUGCAGCUGCUCAAGUCCAACAACGGCAUGGUCACCACGCUCGCCACCGCCAGCGAGAACAAGAAGGACUACAGCUACGACGUGCAGAACAAGGGCGAGACGGUCACCCUCCAGACCAGGGUCGUCACCUCCAGCAUCACGGCCACCGUCGGCGACAUGGAGCCGCUCGCCGUCUACGCCGUGAACAAGUUCCUCAAGCCGAAGGAGAUAUUCAAGGUCGUCGAGGCACCCGCGCCCGCACCAGAGCCGUCCAAGAAGAAGAGCAAGGCAGCUGACGGCGGAGAUGACUCGUCCGACGAUUCCGGCGACGUGACGGCCGACAAGGGCGACGCUGCGCCAGCCGCCAUGCUCGCUCGGUGGGUGGCCGCAGCCACAACAGCGGUAGCGGCAUUUGCGUUGAUGGGCUAAAUAAUUGUUUCAAAUCUUAUUAUUCUUUUUAUUUUCAUGGUAAAUUGUUUUCCUAUUUAAUGGCGCACGGCAAAGGGGGAAAAUUGAAACACAUUGUUCUGCAUGCGCCCUGUAGCAAGAAACGUGGAGGAAGGAACUCGGGAUUGUGGCUUGUAGUGCUUUGAGUUUUCGUCGAUUAGCUUGAUGUCGAUGUAAUUAUUUUGUAAUUAAUACAGUUGUUGUCAGAGUUUGAAAAGAAGUCAGGAAUGGUUUCACGUGGUUAAA